CUGCUGUUAUCUUACUGAAUACGUAGUGACAGCCUGGUGGGUGUAACUCUGCACAUGUUAUGAUGAAAGCCACAGACAAAGUAGAGAUACAUCUGUGAUAUAUAAAACAAAGUCAACAUCAGCAGUAGCAACUAUGAUUGAUAAUAUGACAACAUCAGAUGCAACAACAGUCCUUGAGAUGACAACAUCAGCAGUAACAACGUUUGAUAAUAUGACAACAUCAGAGGCAACAACAGGUACAACAGUCCUAGAGAUGACAACAUCAGCAGUAACAACAAUGUUUGAUAAUAUGACAACAUCAGCAGCAGCAACAGGUACGACAAUUUUUGAGAUGACAACAAGCCUGCCCCCUGGUGAUGUAUAUCCUGAAUAUGUCGGCUUUAUUUGUGCAGUUGGGAGCGUUCUUAUUUUUGGAAGUGCAUUUGUGCCAACAAAAAAAUUUGAAAUGGGUGAUGGUGUGUUUUACCAAUGGGUGUUAUGUGGCGCCAUCUGGUGUGUGGGGCUGGUGGUUAACAUCGUCAGAGGGUUCCCAACUUUUUACCCACUUUCAAUGCUUGGAGGAUUUAUAUGGUGUACAGGUAACAUCACAGUGGUCCCCAUAGUUCAGACAGUGGGUCUUGGACUUGGGAGUCUGAUCUGGGGAACAUUUAACCUGCUGACAGGCUGGGCAAGUGGCAGAUAUGGCUGGUUUGGAAUCCAGGCGGAGCCACCAACUGAUAUACUGCUGAAUGAUUUAGGAAUAACAUUUGCUUCUAUAAGUGCCCUGUUUUGGAUAAUGGUGAAGGCAGAAGUAACAGAAACAACAGAUAUUUCUGAUUCUCAGAGAAUCCUCAAAGGGGAAGAUGAUAAUGGCCCUAUAAUUUCUGUGAAUAAUUCUUUUGGAGCCACCGGCAGAGAGAAGAGAGAGAAAACCUACAUAGAUGGAAUGACAGUCAUGCAGAAGAAAAUUUUUGGCACCUUACUGUCAUGUGGCUCAGGCUUCUGUUAUGGGAUUUCUUUUACUCCUUGCAUCUACGUCAUGAACAACUAUCAGGGAGCCAGUCAGAAUGGUCUGGAUUAUGUCUUUGGUCACUUCAGUGGGAUCCUGGCUACAAGCACCCUUUAUUUCCUAAUAUAUUGUGCAGCCAAGAAGAACCGCCCCAGUGUGUUCCCGCGAGCUAUACUCCCUGGUAUAGUGUCUGGGGCUAUGUGGGCAGUGGCAUACUCUGGGUGGUUUGUGGCCAAUGAGGCUCUCAGUGAACCUGUGGCAUUCCCAAUUAUUUCAACCGUGAGUUAA